AUGACGAAAAAAUUAAUUAUACACUUAUUACUAGCAACUUUUGCUAUUGUCUCUUUAUGUGCAGCUGACGAUGCUUCAACAUCAUCAAUGCCAGUGGAUUCUGCAAAUAUCACUAAUCUAAAGCCUGAUUGUUCAAUGUUUCCAUUACCACCUAAGUGCGAUCCGUGCAAAUAUGCUCAACCAAUCAAAGGAGUUGUUUGUGGACAAGGAUUAGGAAAGUGUGCACUUAAAGGUGGUACAUGCAAAAUAAAUCGAUACGACCAAAUUUAUUGUUGUCCAUAUGAACAUGCAGGUUGUUGUCCGAUAGUAUAUUUUCCUCCUGAUUGCUAUUCAGAAUGUACAACAGAUGCUCAAUGCCAACCUUCUGCAAAAUGUUGUGGAAUACCUUGCCAACGAUGUAUCCCUGCCAUAUACUAA